AUGGAGAAGAAAGUCUGGCGCAAGAUAGAUACGUAUGUUUUGCCUAUUGUGGCAAUGUUUUACCUCCUUUCGUUUCUGGACCGAACGAACGUAGGCAAUGCUCGCGUAGCUGGACUACAAACCGGCCUCAAAAUGACGAACAAGCAAUAUAGUAUUGCGCUCACUGUGACAUACGUCCCGUAUAUUGUAGCAGAGCUUCCUUCGAACCUAAUGCUCAAGGCUGUAGGACCCAACCUCAUGCUUCCGACAAUGUUGACGCUCUGGGGUAUCGUUUCUACGCUUCAGGGCAUCGUAAAAUCAUAUUCAGGUCUCGUCGCGUGUCGGUUCUUUCUUGGUCUAUGCGAGGGUGGGGUAUUCCCAGGUCUUGUGCUGUAUCUCUCAUACUUUUACCCUCGAUACAAAAUGAACUUGCGUGUUUCCACCUUCUUCUCUUCAGCUUCUGUCUCUGGCGCAUUUUCCGGUAUCCUAGCCUACGCCAUCAUCCACAUGGAAGGAAUUGGAAACCGGCCAGGCUGGGCUUGGAUAUUUAUUCUCGAAGGAUUAUUCACCGUCUUGUUUGGUCUCUCUUCGUAUUUCACUCUUCCUAGAUCUGUGGAUACGGCGUGGUUUUUGACUGCGGAAGAAAAACGCUACGUCAAUGCUAAGUUAUUGGAAGACAACGCUCAUACGGAUGAGGAAGAAAGUUUCAGCUGGAAGGAGGUUUUGGAAGCGACGAAGCUUCCGCAGGUUUGGUUCCUUGCCAUUGCGUUCUUCCUCGAUGGGGUGGUGUUGUAUUCGUUGGCAUAUUUUGCACCAUCAAUUAUUCAAGGACUUGGAUACACCGCAGCCAAAGCCCAGUUGAUGACCGUGCCGCCGUUUGCUGUGGGAUUCGUUGUCGCCAUGAUUUCAGCCUUCAUAUCUGACCGAUAUCAAUGCCGUGGGCUUAUUGUCAUCGUGUCUUCACUGUUCUGCGUCAUUGGCUUUGCGAUGUUCUUGGGCUCCCGAUCGCACCACAUUCAAUACGGUUCCCUCUUCUUUUCCAUACCAGGAACAUACACCACCGCACCCACACUGUCUGCCUGGAGCUCAAACAACGCUGCUCCCCAGACCCGGCGUGCAACAGCUAUUGCUAUAGGGUUCAUCAUGACUAACUCUGGAGGCAUCCUUGCUACAUGGCUUCUAGGCUCUCUGAGUCCUGCACCGGAAUACACUUCUGCAACUAUCACAUUGCUAGUCUUUAGUUUAUUUAUGGCGAUUUUUGGUGCCAUUAAUUUGGGGUAUUUGUGGAGUCAGAACAAGAAGAAGGCGGAGAAUAGGAGGAGGACGACAGUGGAGCAAGAGAAAGAGGAAAAGAGUGGAUUGGGAGAUAGGAGCGCUUGGUUUGUUUAUAAUCUCUGA